AUGUCAUUUAGCCCUAGAAUUGUUCCAACCACUGCCUUCUCGGAUCAGAAGCCAGGUACUUCCGGUCUCAGAAAGAAGGUGACGGUCUUUCAGCAGCCAAAUUACACCGAGAAUUUCCUCCAAGCAAUCUUUGAUUCCAUCCCCGAGGGUGCGCAGGAUUCGGUCCUUGUAAUUGGUGGCGAUGGAAGAUAUUACAACGAUACAGUCGUUCAAUUGAUUGCCAAGAUUGGCUUGGCCAACGGUGUCAAACGUAUCAUUGUAGGACAGAAUGGUAUUCUAUCCACUCCGGCUACUUCCCAUAUUAUCAGGACGUACAAGGAUGUCAAACCUACAGGUGGAAUCAUCCUGACCGCUUCUCAUAAUCCUGGUGGACCAACUAAUGAUCUGGGAAUCAAAUACAAUCUCAGUAAUGGUGGUCCGGCACCAGAAACUGUUACUGACAAAAUGUUUGCCAAAUCAUUAGCCUUGACGGAAUACAAGAUUAUUGAGAAUCUACCCACCAUUGACCUUUCUAAACUGGGACUCAGCAAAUGUGGACCAUUGGAAGUUGAUAUUAUUCAUUCAACAGAGGCUUAUGUUGAAAUGCUAAAGGAUAUUUUUGAUUUCCCACUGAUCAAGUCCUUCAUCAAACGUAGAUCCCCAGAGGGGUUUAAGGUUCUGUUUGAUGCAUUGAAUGGUGUAACUGGUCCUUAUGGAAAGUCGAUCUUCAUUGAUGAAUUAGGACUGCCGGAGUCUUCAAUUCAAAAUUGUGUUCCCAAGGCUGAUUUUGGUGGGCUGCACCCGGAUCCAAACCUUACCUAUGCAAAGACCUUAGUUGACAGAGUAGACAAGGAAAACAUCGCGUUUGGUGCUGCCUCUGAUGGUGAUGGUGACAGAAAUAUGAUUUAUGGUGCCUCUACUUUUGUAUCUCCUGGUGAUUCCGUCGCAAUCAUUGCGGAGCACGCUGAAUCUAUUCCAUAUUUCAAGAAACUUGGAGUUCACGGCUUAGCAAGAUCUAUGCCAACAAGUGGAGCUUUGGAUUUGGUUGCCAAAGCAAAGGGCCUCAAUGUCUAUGAAGUCCCUACAGGAUGGAAGUUUUUCUGUGCUCUUUUUGAUGCCAAAAAGCUGUCCAUUUGUGGGGAAGAGAGUUUCGGAACUGGUUCUGACCAUAUCAGGGAAAAAGACGGUUUAUGGGCCAUUGUUGCAUGGCUGAAUGUCCUUGCUGCAUUUGAUGCUCAGCAUCCAGAAAUUGAAGGAGGUGCCACUAUUGCAUUAGUCCAGAAAAACUUCUGGGAAACAUAUGGUAGAACUUUCUUUACCAGAUACGAUUAUGAAGGAUGCGAGUCGAUCCCAGCCAACAAAUUGAUUGAAUUCCUACAAGAGAAGGUUGAUGAUACCUCUUUUGUUGGUUCAGAGCUAGCUCCAGGCUACACAGUCAAGGAAGCUGCUAACUUCUCAUACACCGACUUGGAUGGUUCUGUCUCAUCAAAGCAAGGUUUGUUUGUUAAGUUUACUUCCGGCUUGAGAUUUAUUGUCAGACUGUCUGGUACCGGAUCUUCUGGUGCCACAAUUCGUUUGUACUUGGAGAAACAUACAUCUGACAAAUCUAAGAACUCUUUAUCUGCAUCAGAGUUUUUAGCCGAUGAUGUCCGUUUUGUGUUGAACUUUUUGCAAUUCCAGAAGUUUGUAGGUAGAGAGGAGCCUGAUGUUCGUACAUGA